GUGUGUGUGUGAGAGGGGGGGACAUCCUCAGAGUUAAUAUUCACAUUUAAACAAGGACAGAAGAAAACAUCUCCCUGCUUUGUUAUUCUGCAGCAGAGUCUCUCCUCUUCUAGGGUUCAUGUAGAGCUCUGCUUAGUUCCUGAGGUUCUCUGAGACGUUAGCUUGGUUAGACUUCAGAAGAAACAUCACUGAAUCUAAACCUACUGCGGUCAACGUUCAGCUGACAACAAAAGUCUCUUCCCAGCAGCCCUUGCCCUGACCUCGUAGAGGCACCUGCUGAUGACCUUUCUCUGACUCAGUUCAAUCGACCAGGACCAGACAGCCAUGAACCCCCAGGAGACAGAGCUCGGCCAGGAGGUUAUGGAGGAAGCCGAUGCCCCUCCUCGCCACCGCCACAAUAACCACAGCAGCCGGUCCCGUAACCCCAGCAACCAGGAAAAGCGCUACAGACGCUUUGAAGCCCCUGCCGGAGGAAGCGCUGGCAGCAGAGCGAGGGAGCCCCAGCAGCGCAGACCGCAGGAGGAGCAAGAGGCGGAGCUUCAACACGGAGCUCAGUCUCCGCAGCCCCAGCAGCCCCAGCAGUCCCAGCCCAUCCCCCGACCUGCGGUGACACGUUAUCGCCGACAGGAUGACAGCGAGGCCCGGAUCAGAGCCCAGCAGCAGAGGCACCGACAGAGGCAGCAGAGGGAGGCAGAGAGAGCACAACACUUGUCACAACAACAGGAGAAGCAGCACCACGCGGAGAUGACCCAGGAAGAUGAACGAGAGAGGGACGAUUCAGUGCUUGCCCGCUCAGCGAGCACCGAGAGCGGCUUCCACACCCAUACUGACCGGGCCGAGGGGGACGAUGGUCUGGGGAUGAUGUCCCUGGAGCCUGAGGGGCAGCCAGAGGCGGAGGACGAGGCGGGGAACUACGGAGUCCAGCUUCGGCCGGAGGCGGAGGGGUACACUGAGAGUGCCGAGGCUGAACAGCAACACCUACAUCUACAUCCUAACUAUCCUCCUCAGCCCCCGCCACUGCCACGUGAACCCCUGCCUGAUAUUCAAAACCCCCAGAGACAGGAUGAAGCAGAGGAGAUGCUGAACGCUGGCUACUCCAACUACGUCUACACCCAGCCCCUUAGCCACUCCAGAGAAAGGGCCGAUGUCUCCGCUGGUCAGAGCUUGGAGAGUUUAGACGGUGUCCUUGCGGACGAAGCCUACUCCGAGCCAUAUGACAUUUACUCCCUCUCUGAGCAUGUUUACGAGGAAAUCUGUGAUGCUCCCGCAUCAGAUUCAUCUGCUGCAGACAGGGCCGAGGACACGGAGUCACUCCGACAGAGGCGGGCCGGCUUUCAGCUGUUGGAAGUCCGGGCGGGUGGUGGGCACUACCAUCAGCAGGAAGCGGUGGGCUCCCGUUUGCGCCACUACGACGAACGCUCGGAUGGAGAGUCAGACAGCCCGGAGAAGGAGGCCGAGUUUGCCCCGUACCCACGCGCCGACAGCUGCGACCAGGACGAGGACAUUGACAGCAUCGUGGCUGAGGUCAAAGAAAGCCUGAGCUCUCAGAGUCUUCACCAUGCUGUGGAAGACACCAUAGAUGAAGAGAACGAGUUUCAGCAGGGUGAAGAAAAAACCCAACAACAUGAGUCCCAAACCGACUCAGAGAAAAACAACAAGUCUGCCAACCCAGGGAAGCCACCUGGGAAACAGGCUGCGAGUCCCUCAGAGGAGCUUAUAGCAGUGAGGAACAGUCAAGAGAAGAGGGACGCCAUAUCCCUGGCCAUCAAGGACAUUAAGGAGGCCAUAGAGGAGGUGAAGACUAGAACGGUGAGAUCUCCAUACACACCCGAUGAGCCCAAGGAACCCAUUUGGGUAAUGAGGCAGGACCUGAGCCCCACUGCAGAGUGUGACCUACAGCCAUCACUGGGGGCUGAUUCCCCCAGCUCCGGCUCGCCCUCCCCUCCAGGAGCAGAGUCAUCCAGCAGACAUCUGCUGCAGGACGACAGCUUUGAAUCUUCCCCCUCCAGUAAAGAGUCCAGGAGAAGCCUCGCGUCCUUCCCCACAUAUGUAGAAGUCCCAGGCCCAUGUGACCCAGAGGACCUGAUCGAUGGGAUCAUCUUUGCAGCUAACUACCUGGGCUCCACCCAGCUGCUGUCGGAUAAGACGCCGUCCAAGAACAUCCGCAUGAUGCAGGCGCAGGAGGCCGUCAGCCGCAUCAAGACGGCCCAGAAGUUAGCCCAGAACAGGAAGAAGGCCCCUGAGGGAGAGCCUCAGCCCAUGACAGAGGUGGAUCUCUUCAUCUCCACCCAGAGAAUCAAAGUGCUCAAUGCAGACUCCCAGGAGACCAUGAUGGACCACCCUUUGCGGACCAUCUCCUACAUUGCCGACAUUGGCAACAUCGUGGUCCUGAUGGCCCGGCGCAGAAUGCCUCGACCCGACUCUCAGGAGAACGUGGAGGCCUCAGACCCAGGUCAAGAGAGCAAGCGCCAGUACAAGAUGAUAUGCCACGUGUUUGAGUCUGAGGAUGCCCAGUUGAUUGCCCAAUCCAUCGGGCAGGCCUUCAGUGUGGCUUACCAAGAAUUCUUACGGGCCAAUGGCAUUAACCCCGAGGACCUGAGCCAGAAGGAGUACAGUGACUUGCUCAACACUCAGGACAUGUACAAUGAUGACCUCAUCCACUUCUCCAAGUCGGAGAACUGCAAAGACGUGUCCAUAGAAAAAGCUAAGGGGGAGAUUCUGGGUGUGGUCAUUGUGGAGAGUGGGUGGGGCUCCAUCCUGCCCACUGUCAUCAUCGCCAACAUGAUGCACGCUGGGCCGGCUGAGAGGUCCGGCAGACUGACCAUAGGAGACCAGAUCAUGUCCAUUAAUGGGACCAGUCUGGUGGGACUGCCACUGUCCACCUGCCAGAGCAUCAUCAAGGGUCUGAAAAACCAGCCUGGGAUCAAGCUAAACAUCGUCAGAUGUCCCCCAGUGACCACUGUACUCAUCAGAAGGCCAGACCUCCGCUACCAGCUGGGCUUCAGCGUCCAGAAUGGCAUUAUCUGUAGCCUUAUGCGCGGGGGCAUCGCUGAGCGGGGCGGAGUCCGAGUGGGUCACCGCAUCAUCGAGAUCAACAGCCAGAGCGUGGUGGCCACGCCCCAUGAAAAGAUUGUCCACAUCCUGUCCAAUGCCGUGGGAGAGAUCCACAUGAAGACGAUGCCCGCAGCCAUGUACCGCCUGCUGACCGCCCAGGAGCAGCCCGUUUACAUUUAACAAGACAAAACCCCGACCUCAAGCACCCUUUAAACUGUCAACGCCACAGAGCCCCCCGCCCCCCCUUCUGUUCCCAGCCGAUGGACUGUAGUGAGUUGUUAGUAGGACGGUUGCUCAGCCGCGUCUUCAAUUGACAAGAACGUAGACACCCAAACUAUCCAUCCGCUGUCACUAAAGCUUUGUUCUUCUUACUUUGGCUACAUGUACAGAUGGUGAAAGGGCGUUCACACCUGAUGCAUUUCAGUGCAGAAUCCUAAAGAAAACAUUCAAAUAUGGUGGGACUAUAAUAAUUCUUUAGGGUAUCUAAAAUUUUACAGCCACUAAGACAGUUUGGAGGCAAUUUUGGUCAUUGUUAAAUUAGGAAAAUGAGAACUUGUCACACACUAGAAACCUUAAUGAGCGGGAACUGAACCCCGAUCGUGGACUUGAUCUGCACAUCCGACCCUGAACCCUGACUGUACUUUGGGCCAUGCUGCUAUCUCACUGGCAGGUCACUGCCUGUGUGUUGUUAGAUUUCCUCCACCAAAUCAUUUAUGUGAGGAAAAUCUUUAUUUUUUGUGUUUCAGUUUUCAUGUUGUAGCUACAUUUCAUGGGACCGAGCUCGGUUUCACUUCUUGCUACUGUAACCCACUCCAAAUACUGAACGUCGGUGCUCUUUGCACAACACAGAGCUCUCCACAGGAGGGUGUGUGUGAAUCCUGGUGACAAAUGUCACAUUCCACGCGUUUCGCUGCUUUGUAGAAGAGUUGAUGCCGCAGCUCCUUUUUUGCGCUUCACGUUUCCGACAGGAAAGCUUUCCGACUCUACCGCGGUCAACCGUUGCGGUGGCUGUUGUUUCCGUAUCUUCUGUGCGUAGCACCAGCAGUAGCUCCAGUCACUUACACCACAGUGUUCAACCAGCUUGUCCAAACAUAGCGUACCCGGUAACCAACCAACAACACUAAGCCCAGAUGCAGCCUUUCACAAAAUUCGGAAACAGUCAAAUUAUUUUUUUAACACUUUUACUUUAAUUAAAUCAGUUCAAAUGCCAGCUAGACGUUUACUGUACAGUGAUCACCAAAGACAUCCUCCACACACCUUUUUACAUGUAGCAUCAUCUGGUAACCAAAUUUGUGAAUGCGUGACAGUUGUUUUAUUGUGAGUUUAAUGUGACGAAUCAUAAUAAUUCAGUCAUUAUCAAUAAGAAAGAGUGGGAAGGAUUAAUGGAAGGUCACCGUGUCUUUAGAUCACUUUUCUGUUCACGGGUUCAACACUUCAUCAAAAGGAAGAUGGGUUUUUUGUCUUUUUGUCCAAUUUUUCUUAUUUUAAUCUUUUAGGGUAAUUUGAUAUUUUUAUUGUGUAUUCAUACACGAAAUUACAUUUGAAUGGCGCUUAUAAUAACACUGGAUAAACAAUGACAUUGUGGCUGUCCUCUAAAUGACUGUACUGGUGUUGCAUGAUUUAUCCCAUUUACUACAACAAAAAAUACAUAUUCUUUGCAUGGUUGCUGGCCUUUUUCAAAAAUGUAAGUUUCUUCCCAUCUUCUGCAAAAUCAGCUGGCAAAAACUUGAAAUUUGGGUUGGACCAUCCAUCACAGUGAGCUUUAUUGUUCUCACGGUAUCCAGUUUCUACAAGCUGGUUUUGAGACAAUUUCAGUGGAAAUCAGUGGCUGCCUCUAAAAAAUAAGAUCUAAAAAUCAAGGUUCGACUGUAGAAAAUGGUCGACGUGCAUGUAAACAGAAGGUAAUGGGCUAAAACAUGUGAAACACUGGCAUGGACUCUUCAAAAUGUUGUGGAUAUUCUUGAUAUACUGUUUUGAAUGGAAGGUACAUUUAAUAGUAAAAGUGCUGAGAUAUGCCGGGUGAAAAGGAGUUUUGAGUAAUACAACAACCUCUAAAAGGUUUUCUGACAAAGAAGACAAAAAAAUCGCAGAUUAAAAAGUCUAGGCAGGUGAUAUUUUUUUUCUGUUUCUUUGUUUCAGGAACUUAGAAAGAUUAUUUCCAAAAAGCCAUUUAGAUCAGACUAAGGUGGAUCACAAUAAUUAUUCUCUUCCCACGGGCCUCUCAGGGCUUCCACUCAAAAACGGCAAAGUAAGGAGGGUUUUGUCGCCCGUCCUCUUUGGACAAGAGUGGAUGUGAAUUGAAGUGAAUGUGGUUUUAUUGUGCAUUCUUGAAGAUGUACAGUAUGUUUCAGUUCAAACUAAAUAUAUAACUUAUUACUGAAGGUCAAUUAUAAACCUUAAACAUGCAGCCUCCUUAGAACUCAGUGUGAAGCCCAGUUGUCCCUAAUGGGUAAAAUUCCAUUACAUGAAGUAGAUUAUAAAGAUCUUUUAUUAAAAGUUGUAAAAUAUUGUCUUUCAUGCCACUACAGGUUGAUUGUCUUUGGCUAAGAGUGUUCAUGUGGUUCAGGCUCUGCAUAUGUAUUAUAAUCACAGCACAUUUAGGGAUUAAUUGAUUAGCUGAAGAUAUUUAAAAUAAUUUAAAAAUAAGAUUAAAAAUGUAGUUUUUUUACCUUUAAUUUAAAUAAGUGGCCCAUAUGCUGUUGCAGCCACAUAGUGCUCCCUGUAAAAUGUAGGUGAGUUGAUUGGUUGAAUUAAAAAUUCAAUGUGGACUUGUAGGAUAUAAGAAAUAUCUGAACAAUUGAUGUUGACUCAAGUGACUCAAAAUACAAAAAACAGUUGUUUUAUAUGUUAUACAUAACAUAUACAUGCAAAUCAAACUUCUGAAUCCUAUUUAAUAGAAGGCUCACAUUGAUCAUUUAAACAGAACUAAUCCCAUAUUCUGUAGUACAGUGGUCCUUCAUAAUGUAGCGCAUCAACAGGGCAGUUUGUAUGUAGUUAGCACCAUCAACAGCAGGUCAUUACACUUUCUCCAGUUUAUUCACGGGGCUGUUACAGAUGGUGACUGCAUGUCCUUAGUAAAUAAAACCCAAUAUGAUCAGGUAUUAACUUGACAUGACGUCUGGUUACGGGUUUCCCUUGCAAUAUAAAACAAGUCACCAAGGAUUGCGUUGUAUUCACGAUUAA